AUGAGCGGUAUAAGCGCUAAAAUCGAGGACCUCAGUCUUCUGCUGCCUCUUCUGAUAAGCAAUGCAUUUUUGCCGGCUGCUUAUGACCUUUCGUUGAAUAUAGACCACCAGAAGCCUAACUUCAAGGGUACCAUCAAGAUCAAGCUUGAGAAGAAUACCGCAUGCACCAAUGCUUCUGAAAACUUCAGUUUUUCCUUGCAUUCCAAAAACCUUGUUUUCCUUUCGGCAAAUCUUUUGGUUGGGGAAGGUGCUCCCGUGAAUUUGAGCAUUUCAAACCUCAGGGAUGCCCAGCUAGCCGUACUUUCAUGCGACUCCCCGGUCAAUGAGAUCAAUGGCCUGAUUACCGUCGAAAUCUCGUACUUGGGUUCUGUUCACAAGAUACAGACAUACAGAGAUCAAACUUAUGGCGUUUUCAGCACCAACUACUCAGACUCGUUGGAAGGACGUUCAGAUAACUACAUCAUCGCAACUCAUUCACAGCCGUAUGGAGCCAGGACCAUCUUCCCUUGUGUGGACGAGGUCAAUGUGAGAGUUCCCAUCAAACUUUCAAUAACAACCCUCUCCAAGUUCAGGGCUUUCUCGAAUUCGAGUAUGUCGUCACAGUCUUACAUAGAUAUGACUGACUUGGCUGUCUUCAACUUCCAAGAGACACCCCCAAUGCCUACGUCUACAUUCGGCUUCGUCAUUGGUGAUUUGGAAACUUUGGAAGGCAAAGCCGGUGACGUUCCGGUGAGCAUUGCAACCACCAAGGGCGAUUCCUCUCUUACCAAAUAUGCUCUUGAUUGUGCAACUGCGCUUUUACCUGUGUUGGAAAAACUUUUCGGCGUGCCUUAUCCUUUACCAAAACUUGACAUCGUAACCUUGCCUUUCUUCAGCGAAGGCGCAAUGGAGAACUGGGGUAUGAUUACUCUCAUCAAGGAGAGUCUCUUCAUCGUAGAGGAUGCGUGUGUUGGUUUUCAAACGCGACAGCUCUUGGCUCAUCAACUUACCCAUCAAUGGAUCGGAAACCUUAUGUCCUUUGAUGACUUCAAGCAGAUGUGGUUGACAGAGGCCUUCGCUACUUUUGUCGGAGACUAUGCUCUCUCUUUGGCCAAGAUUGAAUCUGAAGACUACGAAAAGUAUGAUUUUAGAAAGUCAGAGCAGGUCGAGGCUCUCAUGGAUGAAGACUGUUUUUACGGACAGCCAAUUCCCAGCUUGAGUGAGUAUAUGGCGAAGGUCAACACUAGCAACAAGGCCAAAACCGAUUCCAUUUUCGAGAAAUCGUCGUAUGAAAAAGGAUUGGUUUUGCUCAACAUGAUUUCCACCAUGUUUCAACUUGAGUUUAAGGCAGAUAGCAUUCAACCGUUCUUUGAUCACUUUGCCAACGUACUCACCAAGUUCAAGUACAAGUCUGUCAAGCCUUUUGAGAUGUGGACUUUGCUAAAUGAAUUUGUUACAUUCGAUCUUCCCACCUUCGUGCAUUCCUGGGUCCAAUAUCCGGGGUUCCCUUGUUUGAGGGUUACUGCCGAUGGCGAGGGUAUAAAGGUCACUCAGAGCCGGUUUUUGUAUGAUGGCGAUGUGGUGACAUUAGGUCUCGAAAAUGCCCCAUUCAAUGUUCCAUUGGCAAUAAGAGCCAAGAAAGAGGACGGACAGUCGAUAAAUAUUAAUGUCCUUCUUUCUGACAGAUCUACCAAAUUAGAGAUCAAGCCAGAGCAGUUGAUAAGCUUCAAUUACAACAAGCAAUUCUACUAUAAGAUUGUUUAUGAUUCAACCAUCACUAAGCAUCUCCUAUCGAGAAUUGAAACUAAUGAGAUGACCCCUCUUGAGGUCAUCGGUCUCAUCAACGACUACGGAAGAAUUCUUGGACAGCCAUUUCAUGAAAGCGAGGCCGCUCUCUUUGGCAAAUCUCAACUCACCACACUCACUUCAAUCAUCAAUGUUCUUGCCUGCGGCUCAUGGAAGAUCAACUUUGAUGUCCUCAAGAUUGCACUCACAUUCUUAGAGACGAUCAACAACAUCAUGAUCCAUUUCAGUGAGUAUUCGCAAUUCAAGAAAUGGAUCGACGAUGUCAGCUUCAAGCUUUUUGAAAAGAUUGGCUCAUGGGAUGCUGUUACAUCACCGGAAUCUGAGGUCUACGAUUCAACUGAAUACGAGUGCAGAAACGUCAUUCUUCAGCUUGCCUGCGAGAACCCCGCUGCUCAGGCGGUUGGAAAGCGCCUUUUCAAGAAUUUAAUCCACUCUGGUGUCGUCAAAAAAUUCGUGCCUAGAGAGUUGUUCUCGAGUAUGUUUAAUGUGACGAUGCACCUGGCAAACAUGAGCGAGUACAAGCAGAUCUUGGCUCUUGUCAAGAACUCCAAUGUCUCGUACUUGAAACAUACAAACGGCAAUCCACAAUUGCUUCAAACUGCUGCAGUGUCUUCCCUUGCAUUCUGUUCUCAGAACGAUCUCUUGAACAAAACGCUUCAUUUUGUCGACUGCAACAUCGACUCCAAGAUGAUCGAACUAGCUCUCAUUGGUUUCAAAUUCCAGUAUGACACCAAGAAGAAGGAAAUCCUCUGGGCAUGGUACAAGGUAAACUACGACCAAUGGGUUAAACGCUCACUUAGAAAAGGCUCUGAUUGGGCCAAGCAGAUUCACAAAGCCGUUACCAAUAUCACCAAAAUGGUGCUCGGGGAAAUCAUGCAAUACAAGAAGAAGGAGGUCCAAGACUUUGUGACAUUGAAGGCCAAGCUGCUUCCGCCGCACGGCCUAGUUGAAGCCUGGGAGGAGGUUGAGGCAGAGAAUGAGGAAAAAAGAGCCGUGGCCCAGUUUUACACAGAUAUGGUCGCAGAUUUGUAA